AUGAAGUCUGUUUCUAUUCUUGCCCUCGCGGCAACCGUAUCAGCCACCGGCUGGAACGACUUUGGUGGCUUCAGCUGCCCCGACAACACUGACAACAAGUGCAACACCCAACAGGAGCAGGGCUGGGACUGGAGUGACCUUCAAACUGGCUCUUUCUCAUCCUACGGAGGCUUCAGCUUCGGCGGUUUCAGCUGCGAGGAGGGCUACGGAAAGCGUGAGCCCGGCAGCCGUUUUGCCCCUCGCACUUCCAAGACCCUCACCGGUAGCUGUGGUCACUCAAAGGAGAGCUCGCCCUCGUUCGGCUGCGGCUCAGACACCGAGAUCGAGUCCUUCUCUGUCAGCACCAUCGACGUCAUCACCGAGUUCGAUGCGGACUUGGAGUUCCACUUCUCUAUGGGCGACGGCUCGACCUGCAAGCAGCGAAGCUCCUGCUCUUCCCAGGGCUCAACGGUCAAGAACUCCCAGUGCGGUGGUGCAAAGAACGUGACCAUCGUCUACCCCACCGGCCAGUCUGGCAACAACAUCCCCUCGGCCUCCUCGACCUGUGGUAUCUCCAUCCCCACAGUCUCCUUCGACUGCUCGUCCGCUUCCAGCACCACCACCAAGUACACCCAGACCCACUCCACGCAGAUCAAGACUACUUCCGCGCAGACUGUUCCAGGCCAGGCCACUCCUACUGGACCUAGCGGUGGCAAGCCUUCUUCUCCUUCCGAGACUGGAGUUAAGCCAACUGGCUCUGCUGGCCCCUCUGGACCUGGCUCCAAGACUACCAUUGUUGCUUCCCAGACUCCUCCCGCUCCUUCGUCUGCCGAGUCUACUACUGUUGAGUCCAUCACCUCUGCUGAGUCCACAUCCACAUCCGUUGAGGCUACUGCCUCCUCGACUGUCGAGUCCUCCGUCGAGGUCCCUAGCUCUGCCUCGACUGUCGAGUCAACCACCUACGAGAUCACCAGCACCGCCAUUACCAGCUUCCAGACUACCUCCACCGUCUACAGCACUUCCAUCCAGACCAUCACCAGCUGCGGACCCGAGGUUGUCAGCUGCCCUGCUGGUUUCACUGAGGGCCAGACUGCCACUACCACUGUCGUUGUUGCUAUCAGCACCACCAUCUGCCCUGUGACUGCUACUCAGACUUCCGUCUUCACCACCAGCCACGCUGUGACCCAGACCCAGGUCGUCCCUCCUGCCGAGACCACUUCCGCUGGCGAGGUUCCUCCCGCUGGUGAGACCUCCUCGGUUGAGAGCGCCUCUGCUACUGAGUCUUCUACUUCCGAGCUGUCUCCCAUUGCCAGCACCACCUCUGAGAGCCCUGCUGCUGCCACUGAGACUCUGCCCUGCCCGAGCAUUGUCCCUGCUUGCAUCAGCACCUGGAACUUCAUUGUCGGCUGUGUUGACAACGCCGAUGCUGCUUGCUACUGCCCCGACGCCACCUUUGUUUCGAACGUCUACCAGUGCCUGUACGCUUACGGUGACUCUGAUGAGACUGUCGCUGAGGCCAUCCAGUACUUCCAGGGUAUCUGCGGUUCUUACGCCGGAAACAACCCUGCUGUGGCCACUGGUGCUUCGUUGACCACUUACCUGACUGCCACCGCCACUCCUCCCGCGUCUGCUACCACUAUCAUUGUCCAAGCCACCACCGUUGUCCCCUGCACCAACUCUGCCGGCGAGGUUCUGCCAUCGUCUUCCUCAACCCUCACUGUGUCGACUGUCCUCACCGUGCCCCAGGUUGCUCUGACCACCUACACUGCCAUCUCGACCACCGAGGUUGGCGUCGUGCCUGUCACAAGCUACCCUGCUUCGGCCGUUGAGACUGCAGGAGCUGUGUCCCCAUCUGGCGCCGCUCCCCUCUACCCCACCGGCAGCUCAGCUGGUGUGUCGGGUGUUGCCCAAGGCACAACGGCCCUUGUGCCCUCCGCUUCCCAGACUACCGUCGUCACUGCCGGAGCUGGAAAGACCGGAGCUGGCCUCGGCGCUGCUGUCCUGGCCGUCGUUGCCGUCCUCGCUCUGUAA